AUGUGCUUCAUUCACACCACCCGAUGCGGCCAUCAAAACCCCGUCCCUCGAACAGCCUAUUGCAAGGACGCGGAUAAUGUUGAAGUCCCAUGCAAGAAGACGCGUAUGCAGACGACUUCCGUGAUCGACUCCUCCAAGUGUCCUCAGUGCAAGGCCAAGGCUGCUAAGGCUAAGGCUAAGGAAUGCAAGACUGAGGCUGAGGGUGAAUAA